AUGUCUAUCAAACCUGAUGAUCUAGUCAUCAGUUUGCCUACACAAGGCCAUAUUAAGCCUCUGCUACAAAUUUCUAAGCUCAUAGCUGCUAAAGGUAUCAAGGUCACAGUAGUCUUAACACGUUCGAUACAGAUGACUUCUCAACCAGACAUUCAAUCAGAACUUAUCAAACUUGAGUACAUCCCCGAAAGAAUUAAUCAAGAGGAAGUUCCUGAAAAGUCAGCCCAUUAUCAGGAUCCCCAUGAAGAAUGGUUUGGAAGCAUAAAGGCUAAAGCUUUGGAAAACCUCUCUAUAAUCAUGGAGAGGGAAACCUCUUCCGCGGUAGAUGGUUGGACCUUGGGUUUUCUCCUUCAGGCGAUUGUUUCUUCACCGCAAUGUGCUCUUUCGGUUGCCGGUUACCAGCGUAAUCACACCGCGUUGUCUGCAAUGUAUGGUUUAGACAAUUUGGGAAAAUGGUUGCACCAAACAAGAGAAAUUUCUGGGCAUGUUCGCGAUCAUGUAAAUCCCGCAAGAGUUGCUGGCGAACAUAGAAAAGUGGAGUGGAAAUCUCACAUAGUUUCCCAUAUCAACAGAGCUAAAGGACACAGAGGGCGCCGGGAAUAUAAAGCAGUACAAGGGACCAACGAAGAGAGCAUAAGGGAUGCAUUUAAACGUGCAUUUGGGCAUUGGGAAUCAAUCACUCUGGUUGCAUUCACGAAAACCGAUGAUUAUGGAUUUGCGGAUAUAAAAAUAGGGUUUUAUAACGGCGAUCACGACGAUGGAGAAGCUUUCGAAAAUUCGAUGAUUUGGAAUCGGGGGCCACACAAAAUCGGACAUUUGUUGGGUUUAGCUCAUUUGCAUGUGAAAGAAUCUGUCAUGUAUCCGAGCUUGAAGCCUAGAAAAAAGAAGGUGGAUUUGAAGCUUGAUGAUAUUAGGGGUAUUCAAGCACUUUAG